GUCUCGUCCAUUCCACCCACUUUGCUUGCUCUGCUCUGAUGCCGUUAAUAAAUGAGCGCCAAACAGCAACUGUCAAACCAGACAAUGCACGAUCUCAAUCGAAACAGCGUGGUCAUGUCACCGGCUCCCGUUCCGCUCCAAACAAACCUGAAUCCAAAGCAUGGACACUGGAUGACUUUGAGAUUGGCAAAGCCUUAGGAAAGGGAAAGUUUGGCCAUGUGUAUUUAGCGCGUGAAAAACAGAGUGGAUAUAUCAUCGCCCUCAAAGUCCUGUACAAGACCGAGCUAGCUCACAGCAACAUUGAGCGUCAGCUUCGUAGGGAAGUUGAAAUACAAGGCAACCUCCGGCACCCUAACAUCUUACGACUGUAUGGAUACUUUCACGAUGAGACUCGAGUUUUUCUCAUAUUGGAAUUUGCAGCGAAAGGCGAAUUGUACAAGCAACUUCAGAAAUAUGGGAAAUUCCCAGAACGGAUAGCAGCAAAGUAUAUUUUACAACUGGCUAAUGCUCUUGCCUAUUUACAUCGUAAACAUGUUAUACAUCGAGAUAUCAAACCGGAAAACUUGAUGCUAGGUUUACGAGGAGAGCUUAAAAUUGGUGAUUUUGGGUGGUCGGUGCAUACAGCUGGAAAUAGCACAAGACGACAGACUCUAUGUGGUACUUUGGACUACCUUGCUCCUGAAAUGGUGGAAGCUAAGGAGCAUAGCGACAAGAUCGAUAUCUGGUCGUUGGGAGUGCUAAUGUAUGAAUUUCUGUGUGGUAACCCUCCGUUUGAAGAUAUGGCUGGAUAUAGGGCGACAUAUUUGCGUAUCGCUCGUGUAGACCUUAAAAUUCCAAAACAUGUUAGUCCCGAAGCAGCAGACUUAAUUCGAGAGUUGCUUAAGUACAACCCAGACGAUCGGUUAUCUCUGGAUCAAGUUCAGCAGCAUCCAUGGAUUAUCAAGCACGUUGGAGAUCCUCCUCCUCCACAACCUAAAUCCGCCUCAUUGCCUACUGCUACCACCACUGAUAUCCCAGUGGGUAGCAAACCUGUCUCCAACUGAUACCCAAUUUCGGUCAUAAUCGACAUUUUUUUCUACCAUAUCCCCUAACUCCUGUAUUAUAUCCAAUGUUUUUUAUCGUACUUGCCCCUAUCUA